UUAUCGAGUCGAACUGAAGCCGAGCUCGAGCAUGCUCGCGAGCUCCAAGCUUCCUUGACAGCCUACUCUAUAGAGUGGCAAAUAGGUAAAUAUCCACCGCCUCCGCCACAUCUUCUGGCAGCGGCUCCCACGCAUUCUCUCGCCUUCCUCGCCGCCACAGCAGCACAAAGCUCAGGUCACUCAUCUCUCGCGAAGGCCUACCUGGGGACCCGCCUACCUGAUGGCCGCGGCCCCCAUCCCCGCAAGCCCCCAGCCCUUCAAGCUGAUCCUGGGGUCGUCUUCGGUGGCCAGGAAGCACAUACUCACCGAGAUGGGGCUCGAAUUCGAAGUCAGGACUGCAGAUAUCGACGAGAAGAGCAUCAGGAGGGAGAAUCCUGACGAGUUGGUGACGGUUCUUGCGGAGGCCAAGGCUGAUGCUAUCAUGUCUAGAUUGAACAUUUCUGAUUACCAGAAAGAGGGUGAUAGACCAACGCUCCUGAUCACUUCUGACAUAGUGGUCGUCCAUGAAGGGAUUAUUAGAGAAAAACCAACAACUAAGGAAGAAGCACGCCAAUUCCUGAAGGGUUACUCUGGCAGCCAUGUAUCAACUGUGGGGUCUGUAGUUGUAACUAAUCUUACAACUGGCAAGAGGCUUGGAAGCCUGGACAAAGCUGAGGUGUAUUUCCAUGAUAUUCCAGACGAGGUCAUUGAAAACCUGAUUGAUGAGGGGGUAGUAUUUAGGGUUGCAGGUGGAUUGUUGCUUGAGCAUCCAUUGACAUUACCAUUUGUUGAAGCAGUGGUUGGUUCUAGUGACAGUGUAAUGGGGAUCUCGAAGGAUCUUGCAAACAAAUUAAUUCAGGAAGCAUUGUCCGUUUAGCCUAGUAAUAUUUGGUGCUCUAAUCAUUUACCACAUUUUUACAACUUCCAAAGAGAUACUUAUUGGUGAAAACACGUCAGGGAUAUGAUGGUCUACUGGCACCUAGGAUUUUUUUCUGUAGUUCAAAGCUUUUGAAGGACUUCAGAACCUGACACACGGAGAUACUUGGUGUCCAAGAAGCCAAGGAUACUUCUGUCUCUCUGUCUGCUGCUUUCAUAAGAUUUCAUCAUUGUAUUUCCAGUCUUGCACCUAGAGAUGUAACGGGGACCGAUACCCGAUUUCCCAUGGUGAAUUCACCUAUUAGGUGAUAAAGAUGGGUGAAAUAUAGUACCCAUGGGGAUACAAAUGGUGCCAACUUCAUCCCCGUCGGGGAUGGCGGGGAUGGGGACGGUGCACCACUCCCCGUCCCCGUUCCCCGCGGUGACCCGUUUAUACUGUUGAGGGAUCUAAUCCGGGCUUUAAA